GCACUCUUGCUGCGUGCUCACUUCCUUGCUCCUGAAAUACUAAAAUGUGAACUUGGAAAUGAGAAGCUGGUUAGUACAGGAGACAUUAUCAUUCAGAAGAGUUGCCAGCAUAUGAUGAAAAUGGGCACCAAUCCCAUUGUUCUUAUUUACUUCUACGGACAACUGUGGUGUAGCCCUCUCUCUGCUGAGAUCAAGGGACUGUCAAAUUCUUCACUUCCAGCCACUUUCCAGACACCUACCACUGUCAGAAUUGACCCCAUGACCCAACCCUUCAGUUAUUCACCUCCACCUAGCAAACACAGAGAUCCUGCCAAAAAUGAAGGGCUACCAGUGACCAGUGCUACACCCAUGGUUACCACAGAACAAGGAAAAAAACUCCACGAUGGGCACUUAAUAGGGGCAGUGUUAGUUGGUAUCAUCUUGAUGACUAUGAUAGUAGCGAUUGUCGGCAUCUUCUUGUGGAAGAGGUUGAGGAGGAGAGGUUCAGUGGAUCCCCACUGGGCUGGCCGUUCCCCAUUUGCAGAUGGAGACAUGCUAGAAAUUACCACAGACAAAGACCCCAUGCAAAGCUCAAAGCGUGCUUCCGUCCUCUCUGUCUUGCCUUGGAAGUUUAACAAGAACACGCUGCUGUUGGAAAAUGCUGAGGGACAGCUGUCUGAACCAGGGCAAAGCUUGGAUGAUCCGUCUGCAAAUGGUGCAGAUAAAAGGAACAGCCAGUCAAGCUACACAGCAACAGAGAAUUCAAUCUCUUCUUCAGCAAGCCUGCAGACUCCAAUUUCGGAUGGACCAGGCAGCUUGACUGACAUUCCACUCCAGUCCGAUGAUCUCUUGCCGGAACCGGCUGAUCUGCCCCCUCCACCCAGCUGGACUGGAGAAAGUAGCAAGGACCUCUGCCCAAACACCGGGUCCCUUCCACUGCAGUCACCUGAAGAGACUCUAUGUUCAGUACCGCCCAAUUGCUCGUUGCUUCCUCCACCACCUGAAGAAUUUUUCUAA